AUGGGUCGAGUAAAUGACGAACGGCUUCCCUCUUAUACGAAAACGCGUAUUCCUAAAGGUGCGAACUUUGGCCGCAUUAAGCGAGAUUUGCGUGGCUUGGGCCUGGCGACUGUGUGCGAGGAAGCGCGAUGUCCAAAUAUCAGCGAGUGCUGGGGCGGUGCAGGUGGAAAGGAAGCUGCCACUGCUACGAUUAUGCUGAUGGGUGAUACUUGUACCCGAGCAUGCCGCUUUUGUGCCGUCAAGACAUCUCGGAAACCCCCGGCAUUAGACCCGCACGAGCCAGAAAACACGGCUGAAGCCAUUUCUCGUUGGGGUCUUGGCUACAUUGUGCUGACAUCAGUCGAUCGCGACGACUUGGUCGAUGGUGGUGCUUCCCACAUUGCCCUCACCAUCCAAAAGAUCAAACAAAAGGCGCAAAAUAUUCUCGUCGAGGCUCUGGUACCGGACUUUGGCGGCUCUAUGGCGAAUGUUGAACAGGUAGCUCUAAGUGGCCUUGAUGUAUAUGCCCACAACAUUGAGACUGUUGAACGAACAACCCCAUUAGUGCGCGAUCGGCGCGCGAAGUACCGCCAAAGCUUGGCAACCCUUCAGCAUGCCAAGUCUGUGCGGCCAGAACUCGUGACAAAGACUAGUAUCAUGCUUGGCUGUGGCGAGACGGAUGCCGAAGUCGAACAGACUCUUCGCGAUCUUCGUGAUGCCAAUGUUGACGUUGUUACAUUUGGACAGUACAUGCGUCCUACCAAGCGGCACAUGAAGGUAUCUGAAUAUGUGGAGCCAGAAAAAUUCACUCACUGGCAAAGGUUGGCUGAGCAACUUGGAUUCUUAUAUGUCGCGAGUGGCCCGCUCGUUCGCAGCAGCUACCGAGCGGGAGAAUUCUUCAUUGAAAAUGUCAUCCGGAAACGUCGCGGCAUCGGCACGCCUGUCGACACAGAAACAGUCCAGGCUUUACGCUCCAGUGCUCCCGGCUCCGACAGCGCUGCUGGCGCCAUCAACACUCCAAUUGGACAGUAG